GAGAGAGAGAGAGAGAGAGAGAGAGAGAGAGAUGAAAGGCACAUCCAAAGUGAUAAUGGGGGCAACACUGGUCAUGGUGGUUAGCCUUGCUAUAGUCUUGGGCUUGAUCAUGGUUCUCCUAGCCGAGCUCUACUGUUCACUCUUGCUCCGCCGCCGCCGUCAGCACAAAACCGGCAGCACCAACUCCAUCGUCAACACUGAGCUCUCCACCACCACUGUCUCCGCCACGAAAGCCACUACCACCACUUUCUCUGCGGAGCCCUCAUCACAAACCCAAGGCCCUCCUCUAGGCAGCUUCUUAGGCGUUCUUCGAGCUCCCAGAAGCUUUCUCUUCCCAUCUUGCAAAGAGGAGUACAAUGCAGAACCAAAGAAGCAACAUCACUCCCACCACCGUGUCCUCGACAUCCCAAACCAAGAAAUAUCAAACGAAACUCCAUCGAUCUCGGUAGCAAAUUCACCACAGCCAAAGCAACAAGACCCAGUUCAAGCUGGUACUAUUCCAAACACUGCUGGAGAAGAUCAUUUGGUAUACAUUUCCAAUCCGAUUUACGACAACGAAGCAAACAGAGCUAGCAGCAGUACUACAGGAGCAAACACUCCCUUCGAAACCCCGGACACAUCACCGUCAAGACUAGAAAUGGGGGGUUCUUCUUCCAGCUCCGGUGAAGAUAACGAUGAGGUAGCUCAACCUACCCCUUCUGGUUCUGGGCCUUCCAGCCCAACCACACCUCCUCUAACUCCAAUGAAGACGCUUCCCAAAGAGGCAUGCUCUGUUUCUCUCAGAGAUGCAAGGUCUCUAGGCACUUCAGGUAGUGAUUCCAACACUAACAAUGGUAACUCAUCCUCAUCUUCAGGCUCACCUUGUACUUCUCCUUCAUGGUGAUUGAAGCUGUAGGGUUGUUUUAGGUAGUUCACCAUGUCUGUAAUGUUCUACUGGGAAAAUAGU